AUGGCUACCCCUAGUGUCCUCGCUUUUGACGCUGAGGGUCGGGCCAUUGACUUUGAGGUCUGGGUAGAUGACCUCCAGCUGUUCUUACAAUGCGAUAGGGCGGACGACCUCUCUCUCUUUGACCUCACCUCUGGCGCUUCCCCUGCCCCUGCUGCUGAUGCUGACGCCACUGUUCGCUCCCAGUGGGCCACGCGCGAUGCUGCUGCACGUCUUGCUGUGCGUCGCCACCUCCCUACCUCCGAGCGUGCGCACUUUAGUCAGUACAAGAGUUUUCAGACCUUGUACGACGCUGUAGUCGCGCGCUACUCCUCCCCUGCCACUGCUGCACUGAGCCGUCUCAUGCUGCCGUACCUCUUCCCUGACCUUGCUGCCUUUCCCACCGUUGCUGACCUCAUUACGCACCUCCGCACUAGUGACACUCGCUACCGCGUCACUCGCCUCCCUGACUCCCUUCGAGUAGUCAGGGACCACUUUCUCUCAGUCUGUCCCACCACACUCACUGUAGACCUCCUCGAGAAGGCCCUCCUCGCGAUAGAGAAGAGCAUAGUCGCUGUAGGAGCCUCUCGAGGGCAAGAGGGGCAAGGGAGCUGGAGGAGCGGGCGGUGGAGGUGGAGGAUGGAGGCAGUGGGGGGAGUGGGGGUGGCGGUGGAGGUGGAGGUGGGGGUGGGGGGGUCGGUGGCGGCAGUGGAGGCGGAGGCGGCGGCGGCGGUGGUGGUGGGAGCGGAGGUGGCGGAGGAGGCGGCGGUGGAGGCGGCGGUGGAGGCUGCGGCGGCAGUGGAGGCAGCGGAGGCGGUGGAGGCGGUGGGGGUGGCGGUGGAGCUGGUCGCGGGUCUUUGCAGAGGAGUGGCUCAGGUGGUGGCUCGCGCCAGCAGCAGCAGCGUGGUCGUGCGAUCCUGUCCCCUCAGUAGCUUCCCCGAUCCGGGCAUUGAGACUGCUGCUCUAGAUACUGGUAAGGCUACUGCCCUAGGUGCUUACGACGCUGCUGCUCUAGGUGGUGGUGUGUCUGCGUCCUCAGGUACUGGUGAGUCUGCACUCUCAAGUACUACGUCGGCUUCGGCCUCCCUCACCUUCACUCUUAACUCUGGGGCGUCUCGCUCCUUCUUUCGGGACCGCACCACACUCACGCCGAUUAGUCGGCCGGUUGCGGUGUCUCUGGCUGACCCCGCUGGGGGUCCGAUCCUGUCUCGCUUCUCCACAGUCCUCCCGUGUCCGGCGGCUCCCUCUGGCACCUUGUCUGGUCUCUACCUCCCCUCGUUUUCGACGAACCUGGUGAGUGGUGCUGACCUACAGGAUGCGGUUGUCCACCAGUUCACUCCUGCGCGUCGGCGAGUGACCCACUGUACAGAGGCUGGCACAGGCCGACACCUGGCUACGUUCACCCGUCAGCCGGGGUCGAGCCUGUACACUCUGACCACUGCGUCUCCUCCAGUUGCUGAGUCUGGUAGGGUAGCUGCGUCGUGUCAGGUGUUUGCUGCGGCGUCCAGGCACCACCGCCUUGGCCACCCCUCUCUGCUUCGGCUCACAGGUAUGGCCUCCCGUCUUCUUGUGUCUGGUCUCCCCCGGUCCCUCCCUCCCCUUCCUCAGGGCCCUGGCCCUGCCUGUGUCCCCUGUGUCGAGGGGCGCCAGCGUGCUGCCCCUCACUCCUCCCAGUUUCCUCCGACAGAGGCCCCGUUGCAGACGCUUCACAUGGACGUGUGGGGCCCGGCCCGCGUCCGUGGACAGGGUCACGAGCGCUACUUCCUGCUCGUUGUUGAUGACUACUCGCGUUACACCACAGUCUUCCCUUUGCGCAGCAAGGGUGAUGUCACUGAGGUGCUGAUCGACUGGAUCCGCGCAGCUCGUCUCCAGCUCAGGCAGAGCUUCGGCUCGGACUUUCUUGUUCUGCGUCUGCACUCGGACAGAGGCGGAGAGUUCUCCUCUGGCCUUCUACGUGCCUACUGUCGUGCACGGGGCAUCAGUCAGACCUUCACGCUUUUGGACUCACCGUAG